GGCCUUCAGCGGCGAGCGGCCGCGGGCCGACCCUGCUUUCAGCAAGAUUGACGCGUGUUUGGUGCGGGGGCGAGUGCGUAUUCACGUUCCAGGGUGAGGGAGGAUCGCAGCUGAUACUACGGGAAGACUGAGGAGCAAGAUAAGAUCGCUUCACCAUGGUUUCACCUCCGCUUCACCUCCGUAACUACAUCGGCGGCCAUUUUGUGGACGUGCCGGCCCGACUGGAGAGCCGUGACCCGAGCACAGGUCAGGUCACCGUCACCGUACCUGACAGUGACCGCGGUCACGUGGAUGAGGCCGUCAAGGCCGCUGCCGAGGCGUUCAAAAGCUGGUCGAAGUUACCGGUACAGCAGCGGACCGACUACUGUCUGAAAAUCGCCGCCAUCUUGGAAUCACGUCUGGACGAGUUUGCCGAGGCCGAGUCACGUGACCAGGGCAAGCCCGUGUGGCUGGCGCGUGCGGUGGACGCACCACGAGCCGUGCUCAACUUCCGAGCCUACGCCGAGUCACUCAACCACGAGCUGAUGACCUCGAACACGCCGACACCGGGGGUGUUAAAUUACACCCUCCGCCAGCCGGUAGGGGUCGUGGCCGCCAUUUCACCCUGGAACCUGCCAAUCUACCUUCUCACAUUCAAGAUCGCUCCCGCCAUUAUGACGGGUAACACGGUGGUUUGUAAACCAAGCGAGUUCACCUCGGUGACCGCUUACAAACUCGCUGAGGUGAUUCAGGAGGCGGGUGUGCCGGCCGGCGUGGUGAACAUGGUGUUUGGCUCGGGACCCGGCGCCGGAGAGGCCCUCGUCACUCACCCCGAGGUCAAAUUGGUCUCCUUCACCGGCUCCACCGCCGUGGGCCGGCACAUCAACCAACUGUGCGCGCCACACUUUAAAAAGGUCUCGCUCGAGAUGGGCGGUAAGAACGCCGCGGUGGUGUUUGGUGACGCCGAUCUGACCGAGGCCAUCCCGACGCUGACCCGCGCCGCGUUCGUCAACUCGGGACAGGUUUGUCUCUGUGCGUCCCGUAUCUACGUGCACAGCGACAUCUAUGAGCAGUUUGUCGAACUGUUCGUCAAAGAAACCAGGUCUAAGAAGGUGGGCCCUCCGUGCUCCGAAGGCGUCUUCAUGGGCCCGGUCAACAACCGCGUGCAGUUUGAGAAGGUGAAGCGGUACCUGGAGAUCGCCAGAGAGGAGGGGGGCGUCAUCCGGUGCGGCGAGACCGUCGACCCGCCGCUCAGCCUGCCGGAGGAGAACGCGGAGGGCUACUUCCUGCAGCCGACGGUGAUUACCGGCCUGUCUGACGGCUCCCGCUGUAUGCAGGAGGAAAUCUUCGGACCUGUCACCUGCCUGACUCCCUUUGACUCGGAGGAGGAGGUGAUAUCGCGGGUGAACAGCACACAGUACGGUCUCUGCGCCUCCGUGUGGAGUUCCAGCCUGUCCACCGUGCACCGGGUGUCGGAGCAGCUCCAGGUGGGUACCGUGUGGAACAACUGCUGGCUGGUCCGCAGUCUGGACAUGCCGUUCGGGGGAAUCAAGCUUUCCGGCAUCGGUGCCGAGUCGACGCGGGAGAGCAUAGAGUUCUACACCAACUGGAAAACCGUCUGCGUCAAGUUCUAAGAGGAAGAAGGAUAGAAGGCUUUUAUAGGCUGGAGGCUAGGCGGCUUCUGAAGUUAGAGGCUAGGCGGCUUCUGAAAGCUAUAAGCCAGGCGAUUUGUGGGAGACUGGGAGGAGGUGGACGGUUUCUGAGAGACGCUUUCUGGUCGCUUUCAGGAAGUUGAGAUCUGGCAGGUUUCUGGAAGCUUUAGCUUGAAAGUUCUGGGAGAUUUUUCGACGUGCCUACGUGCAAUGUUUGAGAAGAAUUGUCUCAUCUUUUAUAGUCCGGGCUGUUCAUGAAAGACACAUCAGGGUUUUUUGUACGGGUUUGUUAUUGGGAUUAGUAUAGACUCGUUCCAAGAUUACAACUUUUGCUCCUGAGGGGGUAUUCUAAACGAAGUGGUGUUUAUAUAAUGUAUGUUUAGUGUUGCGUUUCUUGGUUUAGAGAUCUAUCUCUUUACGCGUAAAGUGCAUGGGUCUAUCGGCGUUAUUUUGUAAGCUUACGGCAUUUGAUUAAUAAAAUACAAUUCAAGAGUUUUGAA